AUGUCGAUGGGCUUCUUCUCCGCUACCAACACACCUCUCUACUCUACAUCCUGGACCCCGUCGAGCGCUGGCGCCUACGCCGGGACCUGCAUAUUCCUCAUCAUCCUCGCAAUCCUUUACCGCGGAGGCUUCACUCUGAAGCACCACCUCGACCUCAAGUGGGCUGAAUCAUCACUAAAACGAAGAUACGUUGUUGUAGCAGACAAGACUCCCGUCGCGGAACAAGUUGCCUCGGACACAAACUCAACAACCGGAAUCCUUACGACAAAUGGUGUAGAAGAGAGGGUACGAGUGGUGCAGGCACCUGCUAGCCACAUCCAGCCAUGGAGAUUUAGCGUUGAUCUGCCCCGAGCAGCAGUGAUGACAGUCAUCGCGGGUGUUGGGUACCUCCUCAUGCUGGCUGUGAUGACUUUCAAUGUUGGCUACUUCAUUUCUGUACUGGGAGGCACUUUGAUUGGGGAGCUCAUUUUCGGCAGAUUCAAUCAAGAGGUGAUGAGGAUGUAA